CUUCGGUAGGAACGAGGCCCGGCCGAUUACGCAACAUCAAACAUGCACGCCUAGUCCUGUGGCUCUUGCGAAGACAGACGACGCGGGCUUGCUACGUCAAACGCAGAGACAUCGUAAAACUCGCCUCCUCCGCUCGCAAACCGGCCAGCAGCACUCUCAGCCUCGCCGCCUCAGCCUUUCUCUUUUGCGACCGCUUCUUCCCCACCGCCUGUGACUGCUGCCCCGCCAUCAGCCAUGGCGCUGCCCAAACGAAUCAUCAAGGAAACUGAGCGUCUGGUCAACGAGCCAGUCCAGGGCAUCAGCGCGACACCGCACGAGGACAACCUGAGGUAUUUCGAUGUCACCAUCGACGGUCCUAGCCAGUCGCCUUAUGAGGGUGGUGUCUUCAAGUUGGAGCUGUUCCUUCCUGACGACUACCCCAUGACGCCGCCCAAGGUCCGCUUCCUCACCAAGAUAUACCACCCCAACAUCGAUCGUCUGGGUCGCAUCUGCCUCGACGUCCUUAAGAGCAACUGGUCGCCUGCCCUCCAGAUUCGCACCAUCCUCCUUUCAAUCCAGGCUCUUUUGGGCGCACCCAACCCCGAUGACCCUCUUGCCAACGACGUGGCGCAGGCGUGGAAGGAGAACCAAGCACAGGCUAUCCAGACAGCCCAAGAGUGGACACAGCAGUAUGCUAAACCGUGAGCCGCCCGCUCCUUGACAUCACUCACGGGGGCCAUCCUUUGGCGCUGGCAUGGGCAGAUGGCGCUGUACUCUUCCUCGGCAUGAUACCUGGGAGUUCAAAGAACAGACUUGCACUAUGCCACGCAGCAAUGAUUGAUUGGCCUUUCGAGACCUUGUGUGUGAUGGAACAGGCCCUUUGAUUUCGCCCAUUUCCUUUGUAUAGUACUGGCCAUUUUACUGCCUCUGCAAGCCCUGGCGUUGGAUGGACAAUCUGGAUAGCAUGACGGUGAUAUAUUUCCCACUGCAUGAUUGAGAAACUCGUAGAUUUUUUAACCGGGAUUCUG